CUUCUCAUUUUCUUCAUCUUUUCAUUGCCUCAUUUCUCUCAUAUAUUACAUCAAUGAAAAAUAUGAAGGCCUAUUCACUUAUAAUUUUAGUCUCUGUCUUUGAUUUGGGAGCUGUCUCAGCCGAGCAAUGUGGGCGGCAGGCCAAUGGCGCCUUGUGCCCCAAUGGUCUCUGUUGUAGCCAGUUCGGGUUCUGUGGCAAUACCGAUGACUACUGUAAAACUGGUUGCCAGAGCCAGUGUCGCGGCUCAAGUUCUCCUACACCCUCUGGUAGUGGCGUUGGAAGUAUCAUCAGUGAGAGUCUUUACAAUCAAAUGCUCAAGUAUAGCAGGGAUCCUCGGUGUCCUAGUAAUGGCUUCUAUGCCUAUAAUGCUUUUAUUACUGCUGCUAACUCCUUCCCAGGCUUUGGGACCACGGGAGAUGUUGCUACUCGGAAAAGGGAGCUUGCAGCUUUCUUUGGCCAAACUUCUCAUGAGACUACUGGAGGAUGGCCAACUGCACCGGAUGGCCCAUAUGCGUGGGGAUACUGUUUUAUACGCGAGAGAAAUCAAGAUGUAUAUUGCACACCUAGUCAACAAUGGCCAUGUGCUGCUGGUCAAAAAUAUUACGGUCGUGGACCGAUCCAACUAACUCACAACUACAACUACGGGCCAGCAGGGAAUGCAAUAAAUUCGAAUUUGCUGAGCAACCCUGAUUUAGUCGCCACAAAUGCAGUUAUAUCUUUCAAGACAGCCAUUUGGUUUUGGAUGACACCACAAGGAAACAAACCAUCUUGUCAUGAUGUUAUUACUGGUAGAUGGCAGCCUUCAAGUGCUGACACAGCUGCAGGAAGAGUCCCUGGAUAUGGUGUUCUAACCAACAUCAUUAAUGGUGGACUCGAGUGUGGGCGUGGCCCAGAUGGUAGAGUUGCUGAUAGGAUUGGAUUUUUCAAACGAUAUUGCGACAUGUUGGGUAUUGGUUAUGGCAACAACUUAGAUUGCUACAAUCAAAGGUCUUUUUAAAUAUUUAGUAAUCUUAUAUAGUAUGCAAUAAAGUGUCCUCAAAGAUGCAGAGAAAGUACGAGGGCUGGUAUGUGUAACAUCUAAACGUAUUUAAUAAUGUUACUUUCAAGUUUCAAUAAAGUGAGGAUCUUCACUUUUCCCAUA